GUUUUGAUUUUUUAUUUUUUUUAAAGAAUUCAAAUGAACUUCACCUAAAUACGGAUUGGUUUUGAAAACAAGGGAUGGGAACAACUUGUCUAAAGCUGUUCUCCAGACAAUCCCUUUCAGAAGACCAGAGAUUGCCCGAAGCUUUGCAGUCCAGGGAGUCUUUCCUCAUCUCCACCCAAAGCCUGCAUUUUGGACUUUGCUCAGAGCUGACCCUGGAUUAACACAGUCUUUAAUCAGCCAAUAUUUUGCAUUCUCCCUGCCCCCGGGUCAGAACUUUUUUUCAGCAAACCAAGUCACAGUGGGAUGCUCGGGCAUUAGCAGAUCCCGGGCAUUAGCAGAUCUCGGAGUCUUAACAGAAUAUUUUUUAUUUCAAGUGAAGAAUACCAAAGGCUAAUGGGAACUACUCCCAAACGUAUUUGGUUGUCCUUCCUCUGGAAGAACAUCAGUGUGCAUGAAGGUCGCAUUUUACAGUUGAACUCAGAGGCCCUCAAGACCACCGUGACUAAGAUGCUUUACAGAUGAUGAAACUGAAGGAUUAAGUGAUUUCCCCAAGGUGGUGCAGCCAGUUAAUGGUCAAUAGAAAUAAGGACGUAGGACCUCAACAAGACAAACCUAGGGCCUGGCGUCAAAGAACAUGAGUAAGAUAAAAGGGUAACUUAGAGCAAGUCUGGAUCAAAGCCUAUCACACCGUGAAGUUCUUAGGGCAGGAAAUCUGAACUCUGAGUCUGGUUCAACUCCCUUAUUUACCUGUUGAUGACACUGAAGGCCAAGGGGCACAGGAUCUACCCAAGGCCACAGGUCACGCAGUGCCCACCAGUUAGAUCCCUUCUCCGAGGCCCCAUCCCUUCCCAUCAGAUAAAUUCAUGUGACCAUGAAACCAAAACAGAUAGUGUUAGGGGGAAAUGAUGUCCUGAGCUAAUCCCAUACAGGCUUUGUGGACUCCACCCCCACUCCAGACUAAAGCCAUCAAGACAUUGGGAAAGACAAAUCCCAUCACCACCAAAGGGAGGGUGGCUGGGACCUGAGGGUGGAGUUGGGCAGCCAGGUUGGAUAUAAAAACCAAACACGUGGGCCUUGGGGUCUCCCGCUCUGUCGCUCGCCUCCUGGCUUCACGGCUUCUGGCUGGCGGCCAGCUCUCAGAGAGCCCUUUGGGAUUCCAGAUCAGCGGAUCGGAUUAAGAAUGACCCAAAAGAAAUCGCGGCUUUGUUCCACAGCCAACGUUUAUACUCAAGUGCCUGAUGGAGGAUGGGGCUGGGCUGUAGCUGUUUCUUUCUUCUUCGUUGAAAUCUUUACCUACGGCAUCAUCAAAUCAUUCGGUGUCUUCUUCAAUGAUUUAAUGGACAGUUUUGAUGAAUCUAAUAGCAGGAUCUCAUGGAUCAUAUCAAUCUGUGUAUUUGUCUUAACAUUUACAGCGCCCCUCUCCACGGUCCUGAGCGCCCGAUUCGGACACCGGCUGGUGGUGAUGGCCGGAGGGCUGCUCGUCAGCAGCGGGAUGGUGGCGGCAUCUUUCUCACACAAGGUUUACCAGAUGUACAUCGCCAUCGGCCUCGUGUCUGGUUUGGGAUAUUGCUUUAGCUUUCUCCCAACGGUAACCAUCCUGUCCCAGUACUUUGACAAGAGACGCUCGGUGGUCACUGCGGUCGCGUCCACAGGAGAAUGCUUCGCCAUGUUUGCUUUUGCACCAGCCAUCACGGCUCUGAAGGAGCACAUCGGCUGGAGGUGCAGCCUCCUCUUCGUGGGGCUGCUGCAGCUCAACAUCGUGGUCUGUGGGGCGCUGCUGAGACCCAUCAUCAUCAGACCUCCGGGGUCCCCCAAAGUCAUGACCCAGGAACACCGCAAAGAAGCGCAGUACAUGCUGGAGAACGAGAAAACGCGCACCUCCAUUGAUUCCAUCGACUCAGGAGUAGAGCUCACUACCUCACCCAAAAACGUGCCUAGUCAGGGCGGCGGGGAGCCCGAGGCCAGGGCGCCUGCACAGCAGAACCUGGUGCCCGCCAGGCCCCGGCCCAGCGCCCACGGGGCCCCGCUGCUGGACUUCUCGGUCUUGAAGGAGAAGGGCUUCAUCUGCUACGCGCUGUUCGGGCUCUUUGCCACGCUGGGCUUCUUCGCACCGUCGCUCUACAUCAUCCCGCUGGGCAUCAGCCUGGGCAUCGAGCAGGACCGCGCGGCCUACCUGCUGUCCACCAUGGCGAUCGCCGAGGUGUUCGGCAGGAUCGGGGCCGGCGUGGUGCUCAACAGGGAGCCCAUCCGCAAGAUCUACAUUGAACUCAUCUGCGUCGUCUUCCUGACCGGGUCGCUGUUUGCCUUUACUUUUGCGACUGAGUUCUGGGGCCUCAUGUCCUGUAGCAUAUUUUUCGGGUGCAUGGUUGGGACAGUCGCCGGGACCCACAUCCCGCUGCUCGCCGAGGAGGAUGUGGUGGGGAUCGAGAAGAUGCCCUCAGCCGCCGGCGUGUACGUCUUCAUCCAGAGUCUGUCGGGGCUGGCGGGCCCGCCCCUUGCAGGUCUGCUGGUGGAUCAGAGCAAGAUUUACAGCAGAGCCUUCUACUCCUGCGCGGUGGGCAUGACCCUGGCGGCCCUGUGCCUGGCGCUCGUGAGACCCUGCAAGCAGGGGCUGUGCCAGCGCCGCCUCGCCCGCGAAGCAAAGGCGGAGGGCCAGCGCGGGAAAGCGUCACAGGACAUCCCUGAAGACUUCCUGGAAAUGGACCUUGGGAAAAAUGAGCAUAAAGUUCCUGCAAAAGCGGAGCCGGUAUGAUGUGCUUUUAGCCCAUGACGUCACCUGCCUGGUGGCCGGGAGGGGCCGGGGACACAGCCUGCGGGGGCCUGAGCGCUUUGUCCACUUUAAAUGACCUUUUUAAGGAAUGUAUCCAUGAACACCACCACCACCAUCCUUUUAUUAUUUUUUUUCUUUUAAGUUUUCCUUUUUGCAUGUUUUUCAAGCCAAAACAGAAACAACCAAACACUCUUCCACCCGGUGAUCUGGCUGUGCUCGGUAGCGAGACAAAGAUGCCAGGAUCACGCUGGUGCAUGCUGAGGUGUUAAAACAGUGACGUGAGCCAGCGAAGUGGUUUGAAGAGCAAUCACCUAUGAUCGUGCAGGUCCUGGAAAUGAAAUCGGCCAUUCAAAAAAAAAAAAAAAUCUUUAAUUAUUUUUGGAAUGUCUCAUUUUCAGAAAUGAGUACAUUGUUUGAGGCUUUGAAAAAUAUGGAGCUUUCCAUUAACUGAUGGCCUCCACUUCCCAAAUUUCCCAUGGAAAUGCAGUACAGUCUAACACCAAACCUUUGGCUAAUUCACAGAAAUUUAAAAAUCUGUCUAUAACUUGAACUUCAUAAAUGUGAAGAUGAUCACUUCUUUUUAAGGCCAGUCAUUACCAGAAGUAUUUCCAUACAGAGUAGCUAAAAUGGCAUUCAAAAAAUAUAUUUCCUUUUGCUUUUAAAUAUUCAGAAAUAUGUGAUCGUAGUGUCUUUAAUUUAAAUCACUAUUUAUUAUUAAGUUAUUCUAGGAUGAUUAAUCAAAAGAGAAAAGAAUCUGACACCCUAGUAGCCUCUUACCUCCUUUCUGCAGUCCUUAAAUGCCUCAAAGAAUUCUCACAGAAGGCCAAGUUACAAUGAUUCUCCAAUUUGAUUUAAGGCAACGUGUGCUAUUUAAAGGGGGAAAUGACUAGCAAAUCGCCUUAGCUUUUUUCAAUAAUUUGUUUUAUCACCUAAGAAUACUUGAGGAUCUUCUUUGAUCGGACUUAUAUUUCACUGAAUUGUUGCAGCAUUUCUGAUUUUUUUCUUAAAAAAAAAAAAAUAACAUCAAACUGUUGAAGCAUCUCUUAUUUUACGUGGGGUAGCAGAGACAUUUACUUUACCUUCACGAACGACAGGUUGCAAUUUAUCCCUUCUCAUCUUCUCUAAGCUUGGAUUGCUCCAAGUGGCCAGAGUUACCAGGUAACUUAGUGACUUUUUUGGAGCGACAUUAUACAUGUGGCAUUUCUUGCGUUAGCAUCUUCCCAUAAAGAAGGCCAGUGUGAGGUUUAUAAGUGACUUCUCACUCGCCUGGAACGAAUUCCACUUUACAGGUGAUAAGCAAAGCUCGGUGCCCCAUCUUCCUUAGACUUUACUGUUAAUUUACGAAAACUCAGGGGGAAAAAUAACAAGCCUAGUUUGGUUACAGGUACACACAAGCUUGAAUAUUUCUCUGCACUGAAAUGGAAGUGGCAUAUUUCAUCACCACCUGCUACUUUUUGUAUAGCAUUUUAUCAGCCAUAGAAAUAGGACAAUCUGUAAAACUCUGGGGAGGGCAGAGGAAAAAGUGACAAAGUGUCUGCCAUACACACACACCUGAAAUAAGGUGGAUGCAGCAAAUUUCUGUCACAGCUUGAGAAGGACUUUGGGCUUGUGGCAGUUUUCAAACACGUGACUUCAGCACUUUACACCAUUUUUUACUAUGAAUGUUCAAUACAAUUUAGUAUUUAUAACUGAUCUCUGAGCGAUCUGCUCUGUCCAUUCUGUUAACUGCAUGAAAAAAAAAAAAGAUGUAUGCCAAUUUCAGUUUGUCGAUCAAGGUUUUAAAUGUCUGGAAGAAAAUGAAAAUAAGACUGCUGAUUUGUUCUGUAUUUGUGAUAUUCUGGUACUUCUAGAUUUGCAUUAAAUGGAUGGCUUUUUUAUUUAAAAGAGACUGCUUGGUUGUGCAUUCAC